GCUGCUCGCGCUAAUCUCCUUAGCAGCGCGUGCCGCAUGUUCUGAAUGACAGGAAGAAAAGAGAGGAGCUGUUUCAAGUUCAGACUGUGGUUUUUUUCCGGUAGAAGUGUGGACUGGAGCGACGGAAAACACUUCAAGUCGUAUCUGGAAAGGACUAUUUUCCCCAUUCAAGCGGUGUGUGAGCUAUCUCUGCCAGACGUGUGCUGAUGGAGAAAUAGAGAGGGGCUUGUUUUUUCCGACUCAUACCAGAGCAACAAGUUGAAUGUGUCUUCACGCCGCACUUGUGUUGUGACGGGGACAGAGCUUUGUGCUGCAAAUCCACAACGACAGAUUGGGAAAUCCUACCUAUCAUUUUAAGGCUUUGGUUGUGGUGUGUGUGUGUGUGUGUGUGUGUGUGUGUGUGUGUGUGUGUGUGUGUGUGUGUGUGUGUUGAUGUUUGUGUGAGUGACGGUGACAGUGUAACAGAGAGUCAAGCUUUGCAGCCUCACCCUAGGGGCACUGGCCUGUAAAAAAUGUCCCUGUAACCCUGUAACCAUGAAACCAUGACAGUCAUCACUUAUUCAAGCACUGCUGGAAGGCUUCCGAAAGAAAUCCAGGUUCUUGGACAUUCGCCUGCCCCUGAAAAUGUUCUAGAACCCCUGGCUAAGAUUCCAGAACCACAGACCAUGCUGGAAUCCAUAGGCCAGAGAUGGAUGAAACUGCGGAAAGACGAGGGAGGAGAAGACGGGAAGGAAACAAAUUGGAGACAAACAUGUGGCAGAGGAGUCGGCAGAGAGAAGACUAGUAGAGGCAGAGGUGAGAGGUGUAACUCAAUGACUAAAUGCCAAGAGGAGAACCUAAUAAGUUUGACAAAAUGUGUGAAAGGAAGGGGCAAGAGUUGCACAGAUAUCUCUGGGAAUCUGUCUGAAGGUGAAAUCAAGCACAGGGAAAAAAGGCUGGAGGAAAGGGAGACGUGGCCUGCUUUACCUGUGCCAUUUUACCUGAAAACCAUUCCCGAAGGAGAACUAAAAAGGGGGACGAACAGUAUGAAAGGGACGAGCUUCUUCUGGAUAUUGCUUCUCCUCUUCAGCAUGUAUUCAACACAGGCCUCAUCACAGGGAAAUUUUCCACAAAUGGAGAACAUUGCUGCCUUCAAACCUGUGUCUACUUCUCCGGCUCGUUCCACCUGUGGGGUUCCAGAGCGGAGCAGCUUCUGUCAGUCACCGUCCUCCCAGACUGAGCUGAUGAACUGUUAUCAGGCCUUCUGUGUCCAGGAUUGUCCUUAUAGAUCUUCCACACCCCCCUAUGCGCCACUGCUACUUCCUGCACAUUGGGGUACCUGUGUUAUUGAAGACAGGGAUGACACUCGUCCUGGGACGGAGAAUGGAACCACUACAAAUUCUGAGGGGGUUUCUGGUGGAUCCAGUAGUGUGCUGUUUCGGUCAGGCCAAGGUGGAUGUCUGAUCUCUCCCCCCUCACAGAAACUAGGACCAUUGGGUUCACUAACUCUGGCCUUGUGGACAAAACCAAGCUCGCCUGGAGAAAUGAUGCUGCUGGAGAAGAGCUCAAGGGAGCAGUUGUUUUUCUCUGUGACAGUGUCUGAGCAGGAGAUCAUCCUGCGAUAUGGUCAGUCCAGCAGUCGGACUCCUCUAGUUGUCAGCUUCAGAACAGACGGGAGGCUCAGAAUGGAGAGGUGGACACAUCUUGUUCUGCAGGUCCAUGACAGACGUGUGAGUCUAUUCCUGGAUGGCCUCGAGGAAGAUGGGACACCAUUUGACACACAACCUCUGGCUUCCAGGCUAUCUGAUAUCAGUGAGGAUGGUGCCAUGUGGGUGGGACUCAGCUCUAAUGGGUCUCAUCAGUUCAUUGGACGGAUGCAGGACUUUAGAUUUUAUCCUGCUACUCUGACCAACAGAGAAAUAGUGGAGGUGUACUCGGGGAUCUUGCCUGAGCUCCAUGCCCAGUCUGAGUGUCGCUGUCCUCCCAGUCACCCCAGAGUGCAUCCUUUAGUUGAGAGAUACUGCAUUCCCAGUGGUGUUGAAGACACCACUAAUGAUCGAGUCUCAAGACUCAACCUGAAUGCCCACCCACUCAGUUACAUCAAUGAUCAGGACAUGGGCACCACAUGGCUCUCUAAGAUCAUGUCUACGCAGGAACUGGACCAAGGAGUCACUAUUACUGUGGACUUUGUUAAUGGACAAUACCAGGUAUUCUAUGUUAUAGUUCAGUUUGGUGGCCUCUUGCCUGAGUCUGUACUUAUCCAAAGACAGAGGCUUGACUUCACAAAUCUUGAGAGUGGAACCAACACAGAGCAACCUUGGGUGGACUGGCAGUUUAUGGCCAGAAAUUGCAGUGUCUUUGAAAUGAAGAACAAUGGCCAUUUACUGAGACCAGACUCAGUCAACUGUUUGCAGCUAUCCAGAGACGUGCCCUACUCGGGAGGUAACAUCACAUUCAGCCUGCUGACUCCGGAGCCAAACCUGAGGCCAGGCUACAAUGACUUUUACAACACACCUGACCUGCAGAAGAUGGUACAUGCCACCAAGGUCAGGAUGCACCUGAGAGGACAAUACCACACCAAAGCAUCCAGGGUGAACCAGCGACACAGAUACUAUGUCAUCAAUGAGAUCACCAUUAGUGGCAGAUGUGAGUGUCACGGCCAUGCAGACCACUGUGAUACCAGUGUGACUCCUUACCGCUGUGUGUGUCUGCCUGAGAGCCACACAGAGGGAAACAAUUGUCAACGCUGUGCUCCCCUCUUCAAUGACAAACCGUUCAGGUCAGGUGACCAGCUCCAGCCAAUGAACUGCAGAGCCUGCCAGUGUCAUGGCCAUUCCUUCUCCUGUCAUUACGAUGUUAGAGCUGAUGAUCAACCAGAUGAGCACUAUCGAGGAGGAGGAGGCGUCUGUGACAACUGCAUGCACAACACCACGGGAAAGAACUGUGAGCUGUGUAUAAGUGGGUUUUUCAGGCUGGAGGAAUCCGAUCCCACUUCAGUUGAUGUGUGUCGGCCUUGCCACUGUCACACUACUGGAACAAUGAACGGCAGCAUGGAGUGUGACCAGGUCAGUGGUCAGUGUCAGUGUAAACCUGCAGUAACAGGCCGUCGGUGUGCAGAGUGUUUGACUGGUUGGUAUGGUCUUAAGGCCUCAAAUCCAAAUGGCUGUGAGCGCUGUAAUUGCAGUGACAUUGGCAUCAUCAGUACCUCAGCAGGAGGAGAUCCCAGUUGCAACCAGGACACGGGACAGUGUCAGUGUAAACCUCAUGUCACAGGUGUUUCUUGUGACCGCUGUGAGUUUGGUUAUUGGAACCUGUCCCACCCAGAUGGUUGCAUCCCUUGUGACUGCGACCCCCUGGGCUCCCUCAGCUCGUUCUGUGAGCCUGAUGCGGGCCAGUGUGAGUGUAAGCCCGGGGUGGGAGGACGGCGCUGUGACUCUUGUGGCAGGGGUUCGUAUGGUUUAAGACUGGAGGGAUCCUGUGCCCCCUGCAACUGCUCACAAGCAGGGACAGCACCUGGGACAGACUGUGAUCCUUACACAGGGCAAUGUUUUUGUAAGGAACAUGUGUCAGGCCAUAGUUGUGACUCUUGUCGUCAAGGCUUCCACACCCUGGAAAAGCGAAACUCCCUGGGCUGUCUGCCGUGCGCGUGUGACACCAGUGGCACCGUGCCAGAAGGUGUGUGUGAUAUGUGGACUGGACAAUGCCCCUGCCGAGAGGGGGUGGAGGGAGCAAUGUGCACCGACUGUGCUCACAACUACUACAACAGCAGUCUACAGCUCCAGAAGGGGUUGUAUGAGGGAUGUGCGCUGUGUAUCUGUGACCCCAGAGGAACAGUGGCAGGGUCAGUAUGUGACAGCAACACAGGCCAGUGUGUUUGUCUCCCUACACGAUCGGGACAGGACUGCAGUGGCUGCCGACCAAACUUCUACCUCUUUCCUGAUCAGAGCAUGUGUGUGGAGUGUGACUGCCAUCCUAUGGGAGCAUUGCAGCGUGGUUGUGAGGGUCAGACUGGACAGUGUGUGUGUGCCCAUCCCUCAGUGGGAGGACAACGCUGUGACCAGUGUCGGGAGUUUUUCUUCGGAUUCAACCCUGGUCUGGGCAGGUGCCAGCCUUGUGAAUGUGACCCCUCAGGAAGUGUCAAUGGUUCAUGUCAUCCAGACUCGGGGUUGUGUAUAUGUAAGCUGCUGGUAACUGGAGACAAGUGUGAUCUAUGUCAACUUGAAGCAAGUCAUUUUGACCCUGAAAACCCCUUUGGCUGCAGUAAAGCACCCACCCAGCAGCCUGCACCGGUUGGUUUUUCUCUCAGUUAUUCAUCACUUCAUCUCUUCUGGUAUCCACCUGAUUCCCCAAACUCAAACAAACUCAACUACACUCUUAUGAGGGAUGGACAGUCAGUGCUUAGCACACAAAGUCAUUAUCCUUUCAGCCCUGAAUCAUUUGAAGACACUGGUUUGCUUCCCUACAGCAACUAUUCCUACUGGAUUUUAACAGCUAAUGUGGCUGGCUCAACCAUAAGUGCAUUAGCCUCAUACCAAACGUUAGGAGCACCACCUGAAGCACAACAGCUCCAUAUAAACCUUGUGGGGAGACCCGGUCCUACAACUGCCAGCUUUAACUGGAGUACACCAAGAAAUGAUACAGGACCAGUGGAAAGGUUUGUGUUAUCCUCCACAGAGUCCUCUAGUGGAGCAGAGUCUGUCAUUCACUAUACAGGCUUAUCUACAGAGGCUGUGGCAAGUGGCCUAAAGCCCUUCACCCAAUACACGGUUAUUUUGGAGGCAUGCUCUUCUGGUGGAUGCACUUCCACCCCACCACUGUCUCUUCUGACAGCCUCUGCCCCCCCACAAAACCAGCCCCCACCCACUGUGACUGCUACAGGACCUCAUACACUGCUUUCAUCCUGGGAGCCCCCUAGUCAACCUAAUGGUGUUAUCACCAGGUAUGAGGUCUUUCUUCGUGGUCCAGUUGAAUUGCAGAACCUUUCCAGUCUUACUAAUGAGGAACAAGUAUUCUUCAGCUCUGGUUGGCUUGACCAAAGUGUUUCACCAGACGCACAGCUUACCAAUAAGAGCAAAGUCCCGCCACCUGAGAGCAGAACCACUGUAGCAGAUCUGCAGGCGUUCUCCACCUAUCAGAUGAGAGUUGUGAGCAGCAAUGUGGCAGGAAAUGUGUCAUCGGAUUGGACCACAGCACGCACCAUGGAGGGAGAACCAGAGUUUAUGGCUCCUCCAGAAGUGUCUGCACUAUCCUCCAACGCUCUCAAUGUUACAUGGAGUUCUGCUGAGGGUCGGGGGAUCAUCGCCCGAGGACAGGUUACAGAAUAUAGGGUCAACUUCAUCACUAAACAGAGCAACAAUCCCUAUGCUCCCCCGCUUAUUAGUCAGGUCCUACAUAAGGCAGGACCAUCCUCUCCACCUGUUUAUGUAGUGGAAGGACUGAAGCCUUACCAUGUGUACAACUUCACUGUUACACUCUGCACAAAGAAAGGUUGCAUUAGCAGUUUACCAAGCUCAGGACGGACCCUACCAGCAGCUCCAAAAGGACUGUCUCCCCCUAGGUUACAGCCUGUAAACGAAACUACAAUUCAGAUCAACUGGGAACCUCCCACCCAACUCAAUGGACCACACCCACUGUAUCAGGUGGAGAGGACAGAUGUCUCUCUCUCUGACCCAGGAGCUCAGGUUGUCAGAGGAACCAGAUUUGCAGGAAACAGUUACUUCCUGUUUCCCAAUGACACACUUCCUAUAAACACUGACUUCACAGGUGUUAAGUUGAGAUUUAAGACCCGCUCCCUGGAUGGCCUGCUGCUUUCUGCCUUCUCUCCAGGAAACCAGGAAGAGUUCCUGGCUAUUCAGAUCCAAGAUGGACACCCUUACUUUUUGUUUGACCCACAGGGAUCAGCAGUGGCUGUGAGUGUACAGGAUGAUGGAGGGCGCCGCUACAACGAUGGACAGUGGCACAGCAUCACAGCCAUGAGGCGAGGGGCCGUGGGAACAAUCGUUGUGAACAAUCAAUACAGAGGUAGUGCAUCCGCCUCCAGUGGCAGCACCAUCAUCGGUGAGAACACAGGGCUGUUCAUUGGAGGGCUGCCUGAAGAUUUUACUUUGCUAAGAGAGAAUUCAGGUGAAGCUCUUCUAGAGCGGCAGGGUUUCUCUGGUUGUCUCAGAGAUGUAAGUUUAAAGAUGAGUGACAGCCCCUCAGAGGAAUGGAAACCUCUGGACUGGGCCAAAGCCACAAAGAAGGUGGCAGCAUAUGAAAGCUGGGAGGGAUGUCCUGUUGAGACUAUGGAUGGAGCCCAUUUUCUGGGUCAUGGUUACUUGGAGCUCGGCCAGGAUGUUUUCAAUGGAGGAAAGGAUUUCGAGAUUUCUUUUGAUUUCAGAACAGACCAGCUCAAUGCAAUUUUGCUCUUCACACACAACACACAAACUGAAGACUACAUGCUGGUGGAGUUGGAGGGUGGUCUGCUGUCCUACAUUAUUUCUUCUGAAGGUCACAUGACUGAACUCAGCAUGUGGGUGGGGCUCAGUUACUGUGAUGGAGACUGGAAACAACUUUCAUUGGCAAAACGCGGCUCUCUCAUCUCUGCUGCAGUCAAUGACUGGGCCGAGGAGAUGAGGGGGGUGGGAGGAGCAGUGAGGCUGAGAGUCGAUUCGCCAUUAUACUUAGGGGGCAUACCCCCAGAGCUCAAACAUCCAGCUCUGGACAGCAGAAGUCACAAACAUGGCCUGGGAGGUUGCAUAAGGAGUCUCACCUUACGAAGUGAUGAAACACACCCUCCUGUCAGUCAAAGUGUUAAUCUCUUUGUUGCCUCCCGUCGCUCAGUAAGAGUCUACUUAGACGGCUGUCCCUCCGGUGAAAGUCGGUAUAACUGCAGAGGAAACGAUUCAGUGUUGGUGUACAGUGGGAAGACAACUCAAGCCACAGAUCAUACUCUACAACCUUUUACUGAGUACCUAUACAGGUUCGUAGCCUUGGCCGCUGGAGGGUGGUCUGCGGGACCCUGGCAAAGAGGGCGCAGCAGAAGCAAAGUACCUGGGUUUGUACCACCUCCUUCCACUGUGAAGAGCUUGAACGGCUUCAGUGCCCAGGUGAGCUGGUUGCCUCCCACAGGUGACACCAGAGGGUUGAUUGACCGAUAUGAGUUAAAGGCCUAUAAUAGAGACCAACCAGAGGUACAACCCAUCACAGCCACAUAUCUGGCUAAUGGAAACUUCACAGGUGUGCUGCCAGGUCUCACUCCAUCCACUCGAUAUGUUAUCACUGUUAGUGCCUGUAGCCCGUUUGGCUGCACUGAGAGUCUUUAUGAAAACACUGGCAAUUUGAGAUCAAGCCUCACAACCCCAGAGGAAGCUCCAGACGCUGUCUAUCCUCCAACCGCAGUCUCAUCCCCGUCAGCUCUUUAUCUUACCUGGGAACCUCCAGCAAGGCCCAAUGGAGGCAUUACAGAGUACCUCCUCUAUCACGACAACCAAAUGGUCUACAGGGGAAAAGACAAACAACACAACAUCACUGGUCUUGGUGUGUAUUCUGCCCAUGUGUUUGCACUGAGUACUUGCACCUUAGUGGGCUGCACCAACAGUUCACAAGCUACUUUGCUGACCUCUCAGCUUCCUCCUGGGCCUCUACAAGCACCAACCCUCACCCUGCUUGACUCACGAACUAUUCUGGUGGAGUGGUCCCGUCCCUCUCAGGUCAACGGUGUUUUAGAGUUUUAUUCCAUCUUCCUGUCACGUGACAGUGCAGAACCUGUGCUGGCCUAUAACAGCUCAGACCUUUUUGAAGACCACACGCUCCGCAAUCUUACCCCAGGAACAGCUUACACCAUCACAUAUGCAGCAUGCACAGGAGGUGGGUGUACCCUUAGCCCUCCCAGCCGAGCUCAGACUGAAGAAAGCACCCCAGAAAGUGUUCCUGCUCCGCUGGUCGCCCAUUUGUCCCCAAAUACUAUCAACAUCAGCUGGACACCUCCUGACACUCCGAAUGGUAUUAUAAUCAGCUAUGGUCUCUGGCUGGAUGGAGUUCUCAUUUUAAACUCGAGUUCCUCUCAGAGGUUCUUUGUGGUGGAGGGACUCUCACCGUGGAGCCGACAUGUGCUCAGACUGCAGGCCUGUACAGCACAGGGCUGUGGAAAGGGGCCAAUGGUGGAGCUGCGUACAUUAGAGAUGGCCCCAGACGGCCCUAUACUGCUGGAACUGACCAAUCAGAGCUCUAGAUCACUCCGAGCCCGCUGGACUGCACCACCUAGACCAAAUGGGAACCUCAGCUACACACUGUACUACAAAAGCAAAGAUGGUGAUGGUGUGUUGGAUGGAAGUACAGCAGCAGGCAGCUGGUUGUCUGUGACCGACCUGCAGCCUUACACCAACUACAGCUUCUGGAUCAGGGGUUGCAACACACAGGGUUGUGUCGAGAGCCUGCCACACAAUGUUACCACGCCUCCAGCAGCCCCUGAUGGGUUGUCUCCGCCGAGGUUGGCUCGUGCUGCUUGUACCAGUCUGAAUGUAUCCUGGUCCGCCCCCACCCACUCCAAUGCACCAGGCCCACUCCGUUACAGUCUACAAAUGAGGACAUCCCCACACAGGCCUGUGAUAAGGAUCUUAGAAAAUACAACAGACACCUUUUCCCAUCUAAUAGAGGGUCUGUCACCGUACACGCAGUACAUGCUUCGAGUGGCAGUUUCACACACCCAUGGGCAGACUGUCGGGCCCUGGGCAACCCUGCGCACCACAGAGGACAGUCCAGGACCGGUAGAAACUCCAGCUGUAUCGGGGCUCCAUCCACGAAGUGUAACAGUCACCUGGGUUCCUCCCUCCCAGCCAAAUGGAAUUAUCACCAAUUAUACACUUUAUCUUAAACCAAACUCUCUCUCUUCUUUUGACUUAAAACCUAGUUCAGUUUACAGCACCAGCACAACUCUCAACUCCAGUACAGAUCCUGACCAGAACUUAUUGCUCAGCACUGAAGAGGCAUAUCUAGAUUCAGGUCAAACGCUCGCACAAACAUUCAGUUUAACCCCCCCAGCUUCUUCAAGCCACAUCUCCAUGUCUAAUGCCAACACAAACAGUAAUGAUAGCUCCAGAACCACCCAAGGCACAAGUCCCGGCCUCUUAGCUAACCCUUAUAGCUUAAGCCCUGGUAACGCAGGGGACAACCAGACUGAAUCCACAGGUGUAAGCAAUACAAGCCAAGGCCCUGGUUCCUUCUCGCUCCUCUCCACCAAACCCAAUAAUACCAUUGUAAACCCAAGCCCCAGUCCUUUACAGUCAAACACAAACUAUAGUCCAACAACCACUAAAACCAAACAUGUCCAAAAUCCGGCCUCCCCUGACAGCACCAUCUCUACUUUCUUCAGUGAAGAUUCAAAUUCAACUUCAUCAACCCUAUCAGUCUCUGUUCCCGGGAACACCACAAGCUACACUUUCCUCAACUUGUUGCCAUACCAGAGCUACAGCCUCAAGCUGGAAGCGUGCACCGGUGUUGGUUGUUCAGUGUCUCAGAUGUCUCAGAGCUUCCGUACCCUUCCAGCCCCACCUGAGGGGGUUCCUGCACCACACCUUUACUCUGACACUCCGACCUCUGUUCUCCUGUCCUGGGGUGCACCAGAUUGGAGCAAUGGACCACUUGAAAAAUGGUUGAUUGAACGCAGAGUAGCUGGGACCAAACAGGUCUCUACAGUGGGCCAUCUCCCACCAGCCCCUCCCCCUCUGUCCUUCCUGGACUCUUCUUCAGCUCUCAGUCCCUGGACGAGCUACCAGUAUCGACUAGUGCUCCAUAAUCAGGGAGGCAACACCACAGGACCCUGGGUCAAUGUCAUCACCAGACCUUCUAGGCCAGCUGGUCUCAGUCCACCGAGGGUACAGGUUUUGGGGCCGGAGUCACUUCAGGUCACAUGGUCUCCUCCCCUCAUUCCCAAUGGGGAAAUCCAUGGCUAUGAGAUCCGCUUCCCUGAACCACGCAUCUUCCAUGAUAGUGCUGAUGUAUCUGAGCUCAACGUCACAAUAACAGACCUCAUUCCCAACACAAACUACAGUAUCACUCUGCUGGCCUGUUCCAAGGGUGGUGGACAUGUUGGGGGAUGUACAGAAAGCCUGCCCACUCCAGCUACUACAUUACCCACAAGCCCUGAAGGCCUGGAACCUCUGUCUGUAGUCGCGGUCAGCGAGUCUUUCCUGGCCAUUUCCUGGCAACCACCAAGCAGGCCCAACGGACCUAACAUCAGAUACAAGCUGCUCAGACGUAAAACCCACCAGCCCCUGGCCAUCGCCACGGUCCCCACAGUAACAGCCAUGUCCCCUCCCCCUUCAGAAGAUCUCCAUCACUGGCUCCAUGUUUACUCCGGCACCAAAUUGUUCUACCAAGAUAAAGGCCUAAGCAGAUUCACGCGUUACCAGUAUCAGUUAGAGGUACACAAUGAUGUGGGCUACUCUUCAGGAGAGAUUGUUACCGCAGUGACCAUGGCGGGGGUUCCCAACCGCACUCCGUCUCUGUCUGCCCGCGUUAUCAAUCACACAGCUGUAGAGGUCGACUGGACACAACCAUCUUUACAUGACCUACAGGGAGAAGUUGAAUCUUACUAUCUGACUGUAGAGUCUGCUCAGUCCAUCCGAGUCUUGGCUUUGCCCCCUGAGAUCCUGUCCACAGUGAUUACUGACCUUUGGCCCAGCACCACAUACCUGAUGUCAUUACAAGUGUCCAACGGAGCACAUAACACAACUAAGACAAUAGUUAACGUCACCACUGAGGAUGGAGAGCCAGACGGGAUGUUGGCCCCAGAGGUGGUUCCAGUUAACAGCAGCACAGUACGUGUUCUGUGGUCCCCCCCUCUACAGCCCAAUGGAGCAGUCACUGGUUACUACAUCUACUUAAAUGACCGUCUUCAGGGCAGCGUAGACAACAGCUCAGGGUCCUACCUGCUGGGGGACCUGCUGCCUUUCACUGUCUACAAUGUACAGGUGGAGGUGUGUACUGUCUAUGCAUGUGUGCGGAGCAAUGUCACUCAGACAACAACUGUGGAGGAUCUUCCUGUUGACCUGGCCCUGCCGGAUGCACAAGUGAUCAGUCCCAGGAUGGUGGGUUUGGCUUGGUCUCAUCCAGGCAGACCCAAUGGGAUCAUGCUGGGCUAUGAGGUCUUAAGACGUACUCUGAGGUCAUGUGCUGUCACGUCCUCUGCUGGUGAAGAGUCAGGAGGUGCAGGUGGUUCACGGUUCAGAUGUACCUACCUGCAGUGUCCUGCCGCCCAUGGUGUAUGUGGGACAUCCUGCUUCCACCCUGAGAUCCAGGUCUGCUGUGGUGAACUUUUGUACGCUAAGAAACCACAUCAUUAUUGCUGUGAAGGCCGUUACCUGAGUUUGAGUAAUUCCUCUAAUCCGGUGUGUUGUGACGGCAAACUGGUUCCAGCUCUCCCUGACCAUCAGUGCUGUGGAGGAUAUUAUGUUCAUGUAGAAACCAAUGAAAACUGCUGUCCUGACCACUCGCAGGGCCGGGUCUCAGUGGGGCCCGGUGACAGCUGCUGUGGGGGGGUUCCUUACUCCAUGAGGGGCGGCCAGCUCUGCUGCAGUGGGAGCCUCCAUGACGGCUACAAGGUCCAAUGCUGCGGAGGCCGGGUUGUAGACGAGACACUGGUGUGCUGCGGAGAUUCUGAGAGGGGGGAAGUGCAUUCAUAUCUCCCAGGUUUCAUCUGCUGUGGUCUCAACUACAUAAACUCUUCAACCUCUCUUUGCUGUGUGGGCAAUGAUGGAUAUCCCACAAUGCACCCUGCUGGAAAUGCCACAGUGAUGAUGCAGUGUUGUGGGUCAAAAGUCAUACGUCAGGAGGAGGAAUGCUGCAAUGGAAUUAGUUAUGACCCUGAAAGACAUGUGUGUGCUGACCGACCGACACCUGGCCUGGACGUACAGCAACAGUGUUUGCAGGGCGCUGUGUGUCCUGUAGCUGCAGCAUCUACAGCCUACUGUGGCUCCUGUGACCUCGAUCCAUCCGUGACCGCCUGCACAUGGGUUCUGUCAGCACACACACACCCUGACACUCCCUCCUCCACAACAUACUCACCUUCCAUCAACUCCACACAUGAAGCCGUCACUGCAGGCCUGUCUACAUAUACAAACAGAAGUGAUAACACUUAUAAAAUGGCAGAUGCUUUGGCUCACACUCACUACGGGAAUCUGCAGUCCAAGGGAAACCUGUGUCCUUUGCAUGAGGAAGUUGUAUACAUCGGAGAUGCCAACAAAUUCACCUAUACAGAUUCAGACCUGCAGCCAUUUACCAGCUAUGAGUACAGAGUGAGGGGCUGGAACAGCUUUGGGCGAGGCUCCAGUGAUGUUACAACAGUGACCACCAGUGAAGACAAACCAUGGGGAGUGGCCCCGCCCCGUUGGAAUCGCUUAGGUGAACGAGAUGACAUCAUCCAGUUGCAAUGGCAAGCACCUGCCAGGCCUAAUGGAGAGAUCACCCACUAUGUUAUACUGAGGAAUGGACAAGAACGUUAUCGUGGUGAUGAAAACAGUUUCACUGAUGUGGGACAGAUCAGGCCUUUCCAUGAGUACAAUUACCAGCUGAGGGUUUGUAACCGCGCUGGUUGUACAGACAGUCCACAGGUGGUGGCAGUGACAGUGCAGGGAGUCCCAGAAGGCGUGCAGCCUCCAUUGGUAACAGCCUUAAGCUCCUCCUUCCUCCAUGUGAGCUGGUCUGAACCCACUCGUCCCAGUGGAAUCAUUCAACGGUACCACCUGAACCAGACCGGUGUUGGCACCAUAUUUACACACAACAACGGGCCAAUGAAUUAUACUGUGACAGGUUUGAAGCCGUACACAAACUACAGUUUUGUGUUGGCGGCCUGUACAGCUGUUGGAUGUGGAGCCAGCAUACCUUCUACAGGACGCACACUGCAAGCCUCUCCUACUGGUGUUUGGUCAAGGCCCAGACAUCUGAUCAUAAACACAUCGGCGGUGGAGCUGUAUUGGGAUCAGCCAUCCCAGCCUAACGGACACAUUUCUCAGUACAGACUGAAAAGGGACAGUCACACUAUUUUUACGGGAGACCACCGUGACCAGAAUUAUACCGACACUGGACUCCUGCCAAACCACAGGUACGUGUAUGAGCUGGAGGCCAGUACAGGUGCUGGGACAGGUGUGAGUGACAGAUAUGUUAUACAAACACCGGUUUCGUGCCCCACUGGGAUCCAACCUCCUAACAAUAUUACAGUGUCAGGACCCCACACCAUCUCUCUGGCCUGGACCCCUCCUGCUCAGUCCAUCAGCAACCAGCCUUUAAACUAUAACAUCCUGUUAAAUCCAGGAAGUGACAGAGCUUUAAAGCAUCACACAGGACAACACCUGCACCUCACUGUGACAGGUUUAGAGCCAUUCACCACCUACAACAUCCGAGUGCAGGCCUGUCAAAAUGAGGGGUGUGGUGUAAGCGAGGGUCUGUAUGUUCGGACUUUAGAGACUACACCAGAAGGUCUGCCUCCGCCCACAAUAAAGGCAGCUGGACCCAAUGUCCUAGAGAUCCAAUGGUCACCCCCCAAAAAGUCCAAUGGACUUAUUACAUCGUACCAUAUAUACAGGCGCCCAGUAGAAACAGAGGAGGAGCUGCUGGUUUUCAUCUGGUCCAGGGGGCCUCUUGACUUUGUUGAUGCAAGCCCUGCACUACGACCAUUCACCUACUUCCAGUACAGGCUUCGUGCCCACAACUCGAAGGGCUCAGUCCUGAGCCAAUGGGCUUUAGCUCAGACGUUACAGGCAGAACCACAAGAUAUGGCACCUCCAGCUGUGACACCUACCGGUGCAUACUCAGCCCACCUGAAAUGGAGGGAACCAGAGCAGCCCAACGGUCUCAUUUCCCAUUACAGACUGGUUUACAAGAGGCAUCAACAGGACCCAACACUCAACUCCACUGCUGUUACCGCUCUCACUGUGGAGGGUUCAGUCCUUGACGCAACAAUCUACGGUCUUGAACCGCACAGUCAGUAUAGUCUACGAGUGGAAGCUGUGAACAUGGCAGGUAGUGUGUCCAGCCUGUGGGUUGGCACCAGAACCCUGGAGGCUUCUCCGGCCGGCCUGGCUAACUUCACAGUGGAGCAGCGAGAGCAGGGCAGGGCAUUACUGCUGAGCUGGGAUCAGCCGGGGGCUCCAAAUGGAAUCAUCACGAUGUACAACCUGUACAGUGAGGGUAACCUGGAAUUCAGUGGACUAUCACGCAAUUUCUUGUUUCGCCGUUUGGAGCCAUGGACCAUGUACACUUUAACCCUCGAAGCUUGUACCUCAGCAGGCUGCACACGCACCCCAGCGCAGUACAUUACCACAGCAGCUGCUCCACCUGCCUCCCAGCCCCCUCCCAGGCCUCUCUUCAUUGGCCCAGACAGUGUGUCACUCAGCUGGGGUCCCCCCUCUCAGCCCAAUGGGCCCAUCAGAGAAUGUGUUUUACUUGGGAGAAGUCUGGAGGAAGUGGGGAAGGGAAGAAGUAAUGAAGACGGUGUUGAAAAAGGAAAGGUACUGUUCAGGAAAUCAUCUCCACAAUAUGAUGACACCCUCUCAUACACAGUGACCGGACUUCGCCCCUGGACACAGUACGAGUUUAGCGUUCGUACUCACAACCCUGCUGGACACACCGACAGCUCCUGGGUAACCGUAACAACCAGACAGGCCCCUCCUCGUGGUCUAGCUUCUCCAACAGUGAGUCACCUUGCGGGCCAGACCAGUGAGCUACUCGUCUCCUGGACUCCUCCUUUGGAGCCAAACGGGGUCCUUCAGUCGUACAGGAUUCAGAGAAACAAUGUCAGUUUCUCAUUUAGUUUUGACCCCACUGUCCUCAGCUACACAGAUGAAGACCUCAGUCCAUUCUCAACUUAUAGCUACUCGAUCAUAGCCUGCACGUCUGAGGGAUGCAUAACCAGCCCCUAUACAAACUUCACAACUCUUGAGGCUCCGCCUGCCACAGUCGACCCCCCUACCCUGGACUCCAUCACAUCUAGUAGUAUUAACAUUUCCUGGAGUCAACCUCUGACACAGAAUGGAGAGGUGACUGAAUAUGUGCUAAAACUGAACAACCAAGAAGCCUAUCGUGGAAGAGGCAGAAAUACAGUGUUGUCGGAUCUGCAGCCGCACACAUCUUAUCAGCUGGCACUUUCAGCUUGUACCAGAGGUGGAUGCACCACCAGCUCUACAAUGUCUGCUGUAACUGAGGAAGCUCCACCCACUGGCCUGCUCACUCCAACCCUUAAGGUCACAGGCCCAGAGUCAGUGGAAGUUAGCUGGAGACCACCGAAGAACCCAAAUGGCAUCAUCACAGGGUAUGAACUGCGCAGAGACGGUGAAGUAAUCUACGUUGGAACAGAGACUCAUUACCACGACUUCACACUUUUGCCAAGUGUGGAAUACAGUUACUUUGUCCGGGCAAACAACAGCAAUGGGGCAGCGAGUAGCGCAGCGGCAACAGCAAAGACUCAUGCGUCAGCCCCUUCUGGUGUUGGCCUCCCUGCACUGACGCCUCUGGGACCAAGCCAGGUGAGAGUAGAGUGGAAUCCUCCAGCCCGUCCUAAUGGAGACAUUGUGAGUUACACUGUUUACCACAGAGACCCGGUCCAGCUCAGCAUCACCAGCACUGUGUUCACUCCAGACCAGACUGACUACUCUAACAGACUCACAACUCUGCACGGGCUGGCUGCUUACCACAGGUAUGAAGUGCGGAUUGAGGCUUGCACAGUGCUUGGCUGCUCCUCCAGUGACUGGUUAUCUGUACUCACUCUCGAGGCUCCCCCUGCUGGACAAACAGCACCACUGUUAGACCUACGUUCUGAUGCACACACCGGCCUACAGACCACCUUUCUACUCACCUGGUCCCCUCCUGCACAGCCAAAUGGUAGAGUCCUUCACUUUGAGGUGUACCGCAGGCUGGAUCAAACCACUGAAACCCACAGUCGGGUCGCAGCAACACUGGUCUACAGGAACCUCUCUACUACAUUCAGAGACGAAGCACUGCAGCCUUAUACUGUAUACCAGUACCAGGUGUGCGCAGUGAACUCUGCCGGUCUUUCUGCCAGUGCGUGGGCCAAUGGGAGAACAGGACCCGCCCCACCUGAGGGUGUAGGCCCGCCUAGUUUCCUGCGUGUUUCUGCAACUUCAGCAGUAGUUAACAUCCCUCCUCCAGCCCGACCCAAUGGGAUUGUGAGCCUCUACAGAGUGUUCUCACUAAACCACAACAACAACAACAACAACAACACUCUGCUGUCGGAGGGAACAUCCCAUCAGCAAACACUCCAUGGUUUACGUCCUUACACCCAGUACUGGGUAGGAGUGGAGGCUUGCACAUGUUAUCAGUGCUGUAGCCGUGGUCUACUGACUGAGCUCCGCACCCUAGCUGCCCCACCCGCCCAGCAGCCUCCUCCUCAGCCCGUCACCCUGACCUCCCGCUCCAUUCAGCUCCAGUGGGACGAGCCUCUGGCACCUAAUGGAGUCAUAGAGAGCUGUGAGCUACAUCUCAGAUCGUCUUGCCCGCAGCCCCCCCAGCCUGUACUCCUCCCCUGUCAAGAAGGAUCAGUGGAAAUUAGUUUUUUUGGCAAAAGACGGAGCUACAAUGUGACAGGUCUUAAACCAUACUCCAGUUAUCAGCUGAGAGCGGCCUGUUUCAACAAUGUGGGCAGCACUGCCUCCAACUGGACAACAGUCACCACCCUGAGCGAAGCCCCCCAGUACAUGUCUCCUUUCUCAGUGGACAGUAACCUGACCGUCAUCUGGCUGGACUGGACCGAGUCCUUCUCCCUCAACGGGUACCUGAAGGAGUACAGUGUGACAGAGAGCCGGCUGAGGGUCUACACUGGCUUCUACAGCUACCUCCAUAUUCCACGCACAUCGCAGAAAACUUUGUCAUUUCAGGUGACUUGUACCACAAACAGUGGAAGUGCAAGUACUCCCAUCAUCAGAUACAGCCCUGCCACAGGCCAAGGUCCUCCUCUUGAGGCUGAAGACAGCGGUAAACACGGCAUCAGCAUGACGGCCACACCAGUUUACUCUGAGCUGUGGUUCAUCUUGUUGUUAGCUCUGCUUGGUCUCUUUCUGCUCGCCAUACUGCUUGCCUUGGUACUACAAAGAGCCCUGAGGAAGAAUCCAUCAGCCAGAGAGCGCCCUCCGCUGGUCAUGCUUCAGAAGAGCAGGAAAUCAGGGGGAGAGAUGUACAUGUUUGACACUGUAGCAGGCUGUGUUGAGAUCAGCAACGUUAUUCUUAAAAGCUUCACUGUGUACACUGAGGGUCUGACAGACACAAAGAUAAUCAGCAGCAGCUCCCGAUUCAGCCCCAUGUCGGUGUUGAGGGUCCCCAGUGACACAGACCUCAGCCAGAGUUACUCCCAGCAUUCCUUGCACCGCAGUGUUAGUCAGCUGAUCGACAGGAAGUCCCUGAUGCUCGAAGAAGGAGGUUGGGACAAUCCACUGGGACAAGAUUCUGGACUGUACGUGGAAGAAGAUGAGUUUGUGGACGCCAUCAAAGCCUUCAGUUCUGGGAAAAAGGAACACACCAUGUUCACAGACACACACCUCUAAGACAACGUAGACGUGGGGGGUAAGAGGUGUGUCAUGUUUUAUGAUAGAAAUAGAAAGUUUAAAAGAAACACAGACUUUAAACAUAAAAAUAAAUAGGGGUGAUGGUUUAGUUCAGUUUGUUGAGUAUGCAACCAUAUACAGAGGCUUAAGUCUUUGUCACACUGGUUGCAGGAUCUACUCCUGGUCCUGAUCCCUCACUCUCUCUCUCUCUCUCUCUCUCUCUCUCUCUCUCUCUCCCCUCUCUCUCUCUGUUCCUCUGUGAAUGUCCUAUCAAAUAAAAGCAACAUUUAUGUUCAAGGAUCUAAAGUCUUAACUUAAGUUGAGGCAGUGUUACAAACUGUAUAAAUACAGUUCUGUUAUGGAAACAAUGAGCAGUCAGUCUUCAGUAUCAUACAUACUGAACCCUGCUCAGACGAAGAACCAGAACAGUCUGUGUGUGUUUUGAUUAAACGUCUCUGCUUGCCAAUUAUUGACAGUUUAGUUUCAAAGAUCAGCUUAAGCUCUGUACCUCGGUACAUACAGUAAACCUACACUAGUUACAUACACAUUAUCAGCAGCAAUAAUAUUGUAGGUCUGAUAACAGUCAUGGCCUUGUUAGUAUUUUUGUGACAAAAAUGCCAAUUGUGUUUUUUAUACAGAGUGUUAUGUGGCUGGAAUUCACAGAUGUGCCGUCUUAUUGUUUUAGUUUUAGGAUUUAACUUGAAAGCCCAAUGUGAUUAAUUUUUUGUACAAUAUUUGUUCCUGACAUACAGUUGACUGUAAGUAUUAAUUCAAGCUUUG